AUGCUUAAGCUCAAGAUCGACUCUAUGCGCUUUCAGACUUCGCGCAGCAGUCUGUUCUUCUCUCUCAAUCAUGCUUUCAAAAUCUUCGCCAGGCCAGGCGAACGUCACCUUUGGAACACCCUUCCAUCGUCGUUAGGUUGCCUUGAAAACAACCCAAAGCAUCCGCGAUCUUUGAAGGUGUUCGGCUCGUUGAACCCAGUUCCUUUUACGCGGAACGUCAACGGCUUGCGGAGAGUGGCUGGAAAUCAGCCCAUUACAUGGAGGUUCCACUGGCUCUUGUAUUAUGCCCCAGUCGGCUUCUUGGGGGGUACCCUCUGGGUUUCCUCCGCUGUUGUCGUCUCCUGCCAUUUCCGCGCAUACGUUUCGGGGUGUCGAUCCCGAACAGCUUCCCAAAAACUUCAUUCCUAUACGCGAUCCUCCACCCCACCCACUAUCAACACACCCUCAGAACCUCCGCUCAUCACCCCGGAACGUCCCAACCCUCUGCGUCCACUCCUCACCAACAUCGCGUUCUGCCAGUUGUUUGCCGUGUGUCUAAGCGGCAACUACAAGGACCCAAAGUACAGGUUGCUCCAUUCUUUCGGAUGA